AUGCUACAAGCAAUGUUUGUGAAUGCUGAUGAUAUCUAUCUAGAGUGGCAAGUAAAUAUUGACACCACCAUCAAACCUGUUUCAAUUGAUCAACCGGUCAUAACGAUUAAUGGGAUGUUUCCUGGGCCUCUUAUUAAUGCGACUACCAACGACAUUAUACAUGUUAAUGUAUUCAAUAACAUGGAUGAACCUCUUUUGAUCACCUGGAAUGGUAUACAACAAAGGCUCAACUCAUGGCAAGAUGGAGUGUCUGGUACGAACUGUCCAAUCCGACCCGGUUCUAGUUGGACUUAUGUAUUCACCGUAAAAGACCAAAUUGGCACCUUUUCUUACUUCCCCUCCAUCAACUUCCACAAGGCUGGUGGAGCUUUUGGCCCGAUCAGAGUCAAUCCACGGGUCGUAAUCCCAACUCCAUUUCCUAAACCACAUGGCGAGUUUGAUCUUCUUAUUGGAGAUUGGUACAAUAACAGUUUUAAGGAUAUCCGCUUGUCAUUGAACAAAUCGCUACUUCACCUACACCCGGACACAAUGCUCAUGAAUGGAAAUAGCCGUUACCCGCAAACAAAUCGAACCAUUGUUGUUGAGCAAGGUGAAACAUAUCUCAUAAGAAUAUCAAACGUUGGAACGGAACGGAGUAUCAAUUUCAGGAUCCAAAACCAUCCAAUGCUACUAGUUGAGACAGAGGGGUCAUAUACAAGCCAAAUAAUAUUAGAUUCGCUUGAUGUACAUGUAGGCCAAUCAUACUCAGUUUUGGUAACAACAAACCAACCCAAAGCUGACUAUUACAUGGUGGCAAGCCCUAAAAUGGUUAACACACCUGAAUCUAGCCAACUAGUCGGUGUUGGGGUGCUACAUUACGACGACUCCACCACACCAGUCCAAGGUCCAUUACCUCGAGGACCUGAUCCAUUCGACCUUAACUUUUCAAUCAAUCAAGCAAAGUCAAUCAGGUGGAACUUGACGGCGGGGGCAGCAAGGCCAAACCCACAAGGAACAUUCAACGUAUCGAACGUCACAUUAUCCCAAACGUUUAUUCUCCAAGGAUCAUUAGAUGAAAUCAAUGGCAGUGCUCGUUACGCUGUUAACAAUGUGUCAUAUCGUGUUCCUGAUACUGCAUUGAAACUAGCGGAUUACUAUAAGAAUGGAACGGGAACUUACAAACUUGAUGCGUACUCGGCUAAUUCAUCUAACCCUGUUGCUAUUGAUGCUACUUUCGUUGUUUCGGGGGUUCACAACGGAUGGCUUGAAAUUGUGUUCAAGAACGACAUGCUAGUUAUUGAUACAUGGCAUUUGGAUGGUUUCGGAUUCUAUGUUGUGGGGUUUGGUGCUGGAGAUUGGACUCCUAACAUGCGAUCAACGUACAAUCUUUAUGAUCCAGUAGUUCGAUCAACUGUUCAGGUUUACCCGGGAGGAUGGACGGCGGUUUAUGCAUACUUAGACAAUCCCGGAAUGUGGAACUUACGUUCACAGGUGUUGAAGCAUUGGUACUUGGGUCAAGAGCUCUACAUUCGGGUCUAUGACCCUGAUCCUAAUCCUGCUAAAGAACGACAACCACCAUCCAACAUUCUCUUUUGUGGAUCUGUUAUUCCUCCACCUGUGCCAACACCGACACCAGUGCCAGUUCCACCUGGUCCAAAGCCUUCCCCCGCCACCACGCUAACCAUAAACUGGUUUUCUAUUCUAUUGAUCUUUGUAUUUGCACUCGUUUAA